UCUGUUGUAGUAUUUAUUUUGGUCUGUGACAGUAGUUGUGUUUUUGGGUUUAUUGUUUAAAGUGUUGAAUUAAUAGCUUUUCGGUUUUUAUUUGUCUAUAUUUCCUUGUAAUCAGGUAUACAUACCUACUAACAGCUCAUACAGGAGUUUUACGAAUACAAAAAUGGGGAGUCCAGAGCGGGAGUUAUGCCCUCCACCAUCAGAGGAAGAUGAACUAACUUUGCCUCGCGCAAGCAUUAAUAAAAUGAUCAAAGAAUUGGUACCCUCAGUUCGCGUUGCUUUUGAGUCUCGUGAGCUGAUUCUUAAUUGUUGCACGGAAUUUAUUCAUCUCAUUAGUUCUGAGGCCAACGAAGUAUGUAAUCAGAGCAAUAAGAAAACUAUUAAUGCUGAACAUGUUCUCCAAGCAUUAGAUAGACUUGGAUUCAGCGAUUACACAGUUGAAGCAGAAGCUGUGCUUAAAGAUUGCAAAGCUGUGGCUGCCAAGAGAAGAAGGCAAAGCACUAGGCUUGAAAACCUUGGCAUCCCAGAAGAGGAGUUAUUGAGACAACAGCAAGAGUUAUUUGCUAAAGCUAAAGAGGAGCAAGCAAAACAUGAACAACAACAAUGGUUACUGUUGCAACAACAAGGAAAUAUUGCUGUUGAAGGGACAUCACAACCGUAUGUGCCACCACCUGCAGGCAUCAAGCAAGAAGAUAAUGAAGAUGAUGAUUACUCAUAAAUGAUUUUAUAGAACACAUUUGCUAUUAAUUAAUAUUACGUUUUUAUCAAUUACAUAUUUAUUAUAACAAGUUUAAUGUCUUCUUUAUCUGUAUAGCUUGUAGUAUUCUGUGGUUUCACCAGUGUUAUCUAACAAUUUAAACGUUAUUUAUCUUUAUGUAAAUAAGUACUAAAAAUAAAUCCUACAAUCUUGCAUUAUUUGUAUCUUCAUGAAUACAAGACGUGUUGGCUUCAAUAAAUUUGUGUUAUAUAUUAAUAAUUGCCAUCUUUACUUAUGUAGUAAAACAGCCACACUUGUAAUAAUGAAAAAUUAUGAUUAAAUAAGCCUUUCUUAGUUC